AUGAAAUAAAGUCAAGAGGCGAAGACACACUGUUUUGCGAUCUCUCUUUUCUUCCCUCUUUCAUUUUUGGCAUGAUAAUCAGAGAGAGGGAAAAGAGAGAGAAAUAAAGGAUAUAGAGUGAGAAAGACAGAAGAGACGGAUCAAAAAGACGAAAUUGACCUCAGUUUCUCUGUUCUUGCUGUUUCUGCUUCUUCCUUGAUUCUUUUCUCUCUCAAUUAGCCGAUUUAAAGUUUGGUUUGUACGGACACCAUGAACGAGAAGGCCAACGUCUCUAAAGAGCUUAAUGCUAAGCACAGAAAGAUAUUGGAAGGUCUCCUUAAAUUGCCCGAAAAUAGAGAAUGUGCUGACUGCAAAGCCAAAGGUCCAAGAUGGGCAAGUGUGAAUUUAGGUAUCUUUAUAUGCAUGCAAUGUUCAGGGAUCCACAGAAGUCUUGGGGUGCACAUAUCAAAGGUUCGAUCUGCAACCCUUGACACAUGGCUUCCAGAGCAGGUUGCAUUUAUUCAAUCAAUGGGAAAUGAGAAGGCAAAUAGUUACUGGGAAGCGGAGCUACCCCCCAACUACGAUAGAGUUGGGAUAGAGAAUUUCAUUCGUGCAAAGUAUGACGAGAAGAGAUGGGUCCCUAGAGAUAGAAUUGGAAAACCAAUGUCCCCUCCUAGAGGGCAUGAUGAAAGGUCUUCUGUGCAUUGGCAGAGACCCAGUGAAAGAAGUGGGCAUCAACGUGCCGAGAGUUCAGAAAAUAUGUCUGGCGAAAGAAAGAAUGCUCAACCACAACAUUCAAAAGAUAGUGUUCCUGUUCAAAGAAUUAGUGUUCCUGCUCCUCCCAAGGGACCUGAGCAGAUCACCCCUCCCAAGCCCCAGCAGAUUAUUCAGAAAAUUGAACCUGCAGUAGCGCCAGCUGAACUGACAAAGAAUGCUGCAACAGCCAUUCCACCUGCUUCUGCACCUAAAGUUGAUUUUGCUACUGACCUUUUCAACAUGUUAUCUGUGGAUAGUCCAAGUGAAAAUGGCUCUGAGUCAGCUUCCAACGAUGAUAAUGGAUGGGCAGGUUUUCAAUCUGCAGCUGCUGAAGAAGCACCACCAAUAGACAAAAUUGCUCCAACUAAAGUGGCUGAGAAUAAUACCAACUCCACUUCUGGAAUUGAAGAUUUGUUUAAAGAUUCACCUCCUUUGACAACUCCUUCAGUGUCAGAGAACCCCCAGAAAGAUGUAAAAAAUGAUAUUAUGAGCCUUUUUGAGAAGUCCAAUAUGGUGUCCCCAUUUGCAAUGCAUCAACAGCAACUUGCUAUGCUGGCACAUCAACAACAGCAUCAACAACAGUCCCUUCUCACGACUCCUGCAGCAAAAUCAGGUGGUGUUGACCCAAAAUUUCCUGGCAAUAUUCAACUGCCCGGAUCCAAUGGUAUUAACUUGCAUGCUCAAAAUUGGCCAAAUGUUGGAUACCAAAUUCCUGGAUUAGUGAUGCCAGAAGCUGGGCAGGUUGACCCACGUAAACUUAUGCAGACUGGUAAUACAGGAGUCACAAAUCUAGCGGGAAGCGCUGUACCAUAUUCAACAUCUAGCUUUUAUACCAUGGGUCAGGUUACGCCUGCUAAUGGUGUGACAAUGACUGGAGCUAGCAAACCUCAAUCGGGAGCUCCAAUUUCAUCAGAGAAUGCAUCACAGUCUGGAAAGGAUUAUGAUUUCUCAUCAUUAACACAAGGCAUGUUCUCAAAGCACUGAGUUUCCUGAUGUUGGCAUUUUUCGUACGAAUACCAAGAUAGUUGUAUUACAGGAAAAUAGCGACCUGAGAUUUUCCUCCAGUGUGGCGAUUGUAAGCUAUUUUGUAGAUGCAGUUUGAGUUUUUCUCUUUCACAUUUGGUUGAUGGCUUAUUUUACGAGUAGAUAUAAUCCAGAGCUAAUAAAGCUGGGUUUUUAGAUUGUUUUCAUCUUCUCCGCUUAUUGUCGCCAGUUUUUUGAACCACAAGUAUUUUAUACAAGUCUGUAUCUGGACAUUGUACGACUGAAUUUGUAUUUUAUAUAUUGAUAUUUUUUUUUUCAAACAAA